AGGGAGAGAGGGCGGAGAAUACAGGCAGAGAGACAUACACACAAACAGAGAGAGAGAGAGAGGGAGAGAGAGGUAGAGGAGGCUGGGCUCCGGCAGUUGGUCGGUAUGUAGCAGCAGUAGCGGAGCUUCUGCCGGGGAUUACAAAGAGGGAAAAACGCGCCUUGGAUAGAAAAUAUCACCAUCGGGAUUAAAAAUAAAACCACCCGAGGAUGAGACACACACCGUCCGCCUAAAGGAGAAUAAAAAACACGCCGUUAUUCCGCUGAUUAAUCACCGUUUUUUACAAAAAUGGCGAACGACUCCCCGGCCAAAAGUCUGGUGGAUAUAGACCUGGCAUCCCUCAGGGAUCCUGCUGGGAUUUUCGAGUUGGUGGAAGUGGUUGGAAAUGGCACCUAUGGACAAGUCUACAAGGGUCGACAUGUCAAGACGGGACAACUGGCGGCCAUCAAGGUCAUGGACGUCACAGAGGAUGAAGAGGAGGAAAUUAAGCUGGAAAUCAACAUGCUGAAGAAGUACUCCCACCACAGAAACAUAGCCACCUACUAUGGAGCCUUCAUCAAGAAAAGCCCACCGGGCCAUGACGACCAGCUAUGGCUGGUGAUGGAGUUCUGCGGUGCCGGUUCCAUCACAGAUCUGGUGAAGAACACCAAAGGCAACACACUGAAGGAGGACUGGAUUGCCUACAUCUCCCGAGAGAUCCUCAGGGGAUUAGCUCACCUGCAUGCUCAUCAUGUCAUCCACCGUGACAUCAAGGGACAAAACGUUCUGCUGACUGAAAACGCUGAAGUCAAACUGGUGGACUUUGGUGUGAGUGCUCAGCUGGACCGGACGGUAGGUCGGAGGAACACCUUCAUCGGGACGCCAUAUUGGAUGGCUCCAGAGGUCAUCGCUUGUGAUGAAAACCCAGAUGCUACCUACGACUAUAGGAGUGACCUGUGGUCCUGUGGAAUCACGGCCAUAGAGAUGGCUGAGGGAGCUCCACCUCUGUGUGACAUGCAUCCAAUGAGAGCCCUCUUCCUCAUUCCCAGAAACCCUCCUCCUCGACUCAAGUCCAAAAAAUGGUCGAAAAAGUUCUUCAGCUUCAUUGAGGGCUGCCUGGUGAAGAAUUACACCCAGCGUCCUCCCACUGAGCAGCUGCUGAAACACCCCUUCAUCCGGGACCAGCCCAACGAGAGGCAGGUCCGCAUCCAGCUCAAAGACCACAUCGACCGAACCAAGAAGAAGAGGGGCGAGAAGGAUGAGACAGAGUAUGAAUACAGUGGCAGCGAAGAAGAGGAAGAAGAGGCAUCUGAGCAAGAAGGCGAGCCGAGCUCCAUAGUCAACGUGCCGGGUGAGUCGACUUUGCGCCGUGACUUCAUCCGGCUGCAGCAGGAGAACAAGGAGCGCUCGGAGGCACUGCGUCGCCAACAGCUCCUCCAGGAGCAGCAGCUCCGCGAGCAGGAGGAGUACAAGCGCCAACUACUGGCUGAGAGGCAAAAACGUAUUGAGCAGCAGAAGGAGCAAAGGCGACGGCUGGAGGAGCAACAACGGCGUGAGCGUGAGAUGAGGAGGCAGCAGGAGCGCGAGCAGCGCCGACGUGAGCAAGAGGAGAAGAGACGCAUCGAGGAGAUGGAGCGACGCCGCAAAGAGGAGGAAGAGCGCAGGAGGGUGGAGGAGGAAAAGAGGAGGGCCGACAGAGAGCAGGAGUACAUCCGUCGUCAGUUGGAGGAGGAGCAGAGGCACCUGGAGAUCCUGCAACAGCAGCUGCUGCAUGAACAGGCCAUGCUGCUGGAGUAUAAAUGGCGGGAGCUUGAGGAGCAGCGCCAAGCCCAGAAGCUCCAGAGACAGCUGCAGCAGGAGCAGGCCUACCUGCUGUCGCUCCAGCAAAACCAGAACCCGGAUAGUAGCAAAACAGCCCAGCAACAGAGCACCAAACCCCCACAGAACCUCGAACCCGACAGGGUAAAGCCCAUGCAGAGCCCUGAACCGGAUACAACAAAACAACCGCAGAGCACUGACUUUGAAAAGACAAAGUCCAGUCAAAAUCACAGCCUGGAGAAAACUACAGAAUCCAAGCUACCUGUUGCUGACCUCCAAGGCCCCACCCCUGACUCUGAGCCAAUCAGUGAGGCUGAUGAGCGAUACCGGAAGAAUAUCCAAGGUUCUCCUCAGUCAGCUCAGACCAAAUCACAGCAGCCUCCGGUGCCACCACGCUCCGAGUCUUCCUACCCCAAUGGGAACUCGGCAUCUGAGGCGCCCGCCAUGCAUCGGCCUGUGGAAUCACAGGUUCGUUCCCAUCUGGCUGCUUUAAAGAGCAACGGCAGUGUGGCCACAUCAAACUCCUCCAUUACCACCCCGCCCAUUGUGUCGCGGUCGCACUCCUUCAGCGAGCCGCUCGCCCCUAGCUUUGAAAAUCUUCACCUUCGCAACAGCCAGGAACCCCACAAGCACCAUCAUCCUCCAUCUUCAUCACCAUCCUCCUCAUCAACGCCUGCACGCACUGACCCACAACCCCACCCCCAGCCUAGGCCCUCGCCCCAUGAACCGGCCCCUUCAGAGGAGGUCCCACCCAGGGUUCCUGUCAGGACUACAUCAAGGUCCCCGGUGUUGUCAAGGCGAGACUCGCCUCAUCACCACGGCAGCCAUGCUGUGCACCGCAAUGCUGCCAGUGCAGCGGAGCCUCGGCUGCUGUGGGAGCGAGUGGAAAAACUGGUUCCCAGACCAACCAGUGGUUCCCAGACCAACAGCGGCAGCGGAGGCUCCAGUUCCUCCAGCAGCUCCAGUAACUCCAGCUCUCAGCCCGGUUCUCACUGCGGCUCUGGAGAGAGGUUCAGGGCCCGCUCCUCUUCCAAAUCAGAGGGCUCACCCCUCCAACGGCCAGAGAAUGCUGGGAAAAAACCAGAGGAGAGGAGGGACUUGGUCAGGCCGAACAGACCAGCGGACCUGACAGCUCUGGCCAAGGAGCUGCGUGCAGUGGACGAUGUUCGCCCCCCAAAUAAAGUGACAGAUUAUUCAUCCUCCAGUGAAGAAUCAGACACCACUGAUGAAGAUGACGAUGAAGAGGUGGACCAGGAGGCAGGCGAAGAAUCGACCUCUGGCCCAGAGGACUCCAAAGCUGUUUCCUCCAGGCUGAGUAAUGGAGAGACAGAAUCAGUGAAAACCAUGAUUGUUCAUGAUGAAGGCGAGAGCGAUGCAGGAUCAACGCCCUGCAAAGACAGCACGCUGAUCGUCAGACAGAAUAGCCACUGUAGUUUGCCCUUUGCUCUAGCUAACACCUUCCCGUCCCCUGAACUAAUCAGGAACGCAUCUAGACCCACAGUCGUCUACCCCUCUUUCUACUUCCAGAGUGCAGGUGACAACAGAAAGCGUCCGAGCCCCGGCCCGGGCCAAGCCCAAAUCCCCGGCCUGCUUGCAGGCUUCGCCCCUAGUCCUGGCUCGGUAUCGGGCCCAGGCCUCGGCCACCACACCCCCAGCCCCCACCAUCAUCACCACCACCAUCAUCCCACACAGCUCUCGGACAGGAACGGCUUUGCUGGCCGCAUCCACCACCUCCCAGACCUGAUCCAGCAGAGCCACCAUUCCUCCCCCUCCUCCUCCACAUCCAACUCCCCUUCUUCCUCCAGCCUUGCCAGCCCCUCCUCCAUGUCCCCCCAGAGUCCCCUGGACAAGCUCACCAUCCUCACAGAGAGCCAGUCUAGUAACAACAUGCAGAAACACAAGUCUUCUUCCUCCUUUACUCCGUUCAUCGACCCACGCCUCCUCCAAGUCUCUCCAUCCACCGGCAGUGCCCUCAACAAUGUCGGCUACGGGAAUGAUGCCCGCCUGGCAGAGGCACUGAGGGCCGACCCAUCUCGGAAGGGCUCUGUGGUCAAUGUUAACCCGGUCAACACUCGCCCACAGAGCGACACGCCAGAGAUCCGCAAAUACAAGAAGAGGUUCAACUCAGAGAUCCUGUGUGCUGCACUCUGGGGAGUGAACCUGUUGGUGGGAACAGAGAGCGGACUGAUGCUGUUGGAUCGCAGCGGUCAGGGGAAAGUUUACCCUCUGAUCAACCGGCGGCGCUUCCAGCAGAUGGACGUCCUGGAGGGACUCAACGUCCUGGUCACUAUAUCGGGUAAGAAGAACAAGCUCCGUGUAUACUACCUGUCCUGGCUGAGGAACAAGAUCCUGCACAAUGACCCUGAGGUGGAGAAGAAACAGGGUUGGACCACCGUAGGGGACCUGGAGGGCUGCGUCCACUAUAAAGUUGUGAAAUAUGAGAGGAUCAAAUUCUUGGUUCUGGCUCUGAAGAACUCAGUGGAGGUCUACGCCUGGGCACCCAAGCCCUAUCACAAGUUCAUGGCCUUCAAGUCUUUCGGUGACCUAGUGCACAAGCCCCUGCUGGUUGACCUGACUGUGGAAGAAGGUCAAAGGUUAAAGGUCAUCUACGGCUCAUGUUCAGGCUUCCAUGCCGUGGAUGUUGACUCUGGGGCUGUCUACGACAUCUACCUGCCUACACACAUCCAGACCAGUAUCCAGUCUCACGCCAUCAUCAUCCUGCCCAACACUGACGGCAUCGAGUUGCUGGUGUGCUACGAGGACGAGGGUGUUUACGUCAACACCUAUGGACGCAUCACCAAGGACGUGGUGCUACAGUGGGGGGAGAUGCCAACCUCAGUGGCCUACAUUCGUUCCAAUCAGAUCAUGGGUUGGGGAGAGAAAGCCAUAGAGAUCCGCUCGGUGGAGACCGGCCAUCUGGACGGCGUCUUCAUGCACAAGAGAGCCCAGAGACUCAAGUUCCUCUGCGAAAGAAACGACAAGGUGUUCUUCGCCUCCGUUCGGUCUGGAGGCUCCAGCCAGGUCUACUUUAUGACCUUGGGCCGAAGCAACCUGCUCAGCUGGUAGAGGUCUACACCCUACCCUCUUCUUCCUCUUCCUCCUCCUCCUCCUCCUCAUCCUCCUCGCUAACACUGGAUCUCAGAACCCACCGUCGAUGUCUUGUCAGCCCUCGGACAACCAAAAAAGAACAAAAACAACAACCAACCAGCCCUUUGGAGCAGUUGACAACAAUGACUUCACCUUUCCUCUGGAGCUGCAGCCUUGCUGCAUCAGAGCUCCAGGGCCGCCUACGACGCAGCAACAACUGGUCAAGUCACGCAGUUUUCGCCCCCUGAAAUACCUGAAGUGAUAACUUGCGUACAAAAUGAAAUCAAUGAUUAAUUAAUAUAUGAAAGAAAGUAGAAAUACAUUAAAUGUGAAUUUAUGAAAAAGGGGCAAGCAACUUUUUGUUCCCUCUCCGUUUUCUUGGUGCUCAUCAGAUUGCGAUGGGAUAGAUUUUGUACCUCUGCAUCAUUUCCGUGCUCCUGAGCUGGUCAGUAAGCUUGAGGUCUUCUAACUACUAGCACUGCUACCACUAUUAUUACUACUACUGCUACUACCUUCUGCAGGUCUGCCUCGUAAGAGAGUUCCCCCUCUGCCCCACAUUCCUGCCCUCCGCCCUUUCUUAUGAUCGUUUCAUGGAGCCGGUGGGGUGGGAGUCUGUUGUAUUAAUGCUACAGUAGUGUGUGUAAAUGUACUUCUGUUUGGUCCAAUUACUGCUGACAUGCUGGUUAGAGGUCGAGACUGUCAGCCAGGGGUAAAUUGUAAAGAGCCAGUGGGACUCGUCAAGGUGACAAGCAGGCGAGAGGGGCCUAAUAUCUGAGGUUCUACUGUAAGUCUGAUUGAUGGGACUCGACAGGAGGGUGUGUGUGUGUCGUUGAAGUAUUGUUUUGUUGGAACAGGUGCUUUAAAAAAGGUGAUGAUAGAGAGAGAGAAAGACGUUGAAGCAGAUGGAUUUGAGAAUAGUAUUUUUUGAAUUAUUACUAUUAUUAUUAUUAUUCCUUGAAGAUAAGUGUAACUAUGUGGAGUAAAACAUGUCUUUUACCUUGUUUUUUUAAAGAUUUACGCACAUCCACCCACAGUCCACAGUUUGCUUGCUUUUACUCUGAACCCACAUAAGUACAAUGUGUGUUUGUCUAAGAAGAAAGUGAUGUGGGUGCGGUCCAAAAAAUAAAAUAAAAUAUAAUAAAGGUGUCCAUGUACAAUAAAAGUUCAUUUAAUCUUCCAGAUAGUGUCAGUGGUCAUGUUUUUCCCCCAACGGUCAAACAUGACGACCUAAACUCAUCUCGGGUAGGGCGGUCGGCCAGUGUCUCUCAACUCGAGAAACUUGAACUGCUGUGAAUAGUCAGAUAUAAAAUGAGAAAAACAAAGAUGAUAAUGGAGCGAUAAAGUAACGGAGAGAGAGAGGAGAAGGUUCGAUAUGUGUGUGUGUGUGUGUGUGUGCGGUCGGAGAGUUCGGCAUCCUCACCGAAUUGGAUUUUCGUGGCAGAGAGGUAAACGCAUGGUCAGCAGGUUUGUUUCAGCAGAGGAGUUUUUCUGGAAGGUGGUUUCCCAUCUUCAAUUUCGUUAUUUCAAAUCACUUCAUUUUCAUUUGUAUCAUUUGUAUGAAUGCAAUGCACUAAGUGUCAAGAAUGUAGAAAGACUUAUUACUGUGUGGUGGUCCAAGGCAUGAGAUAAUGUUUUUGCUUUGUAUCUUGUGAUGAAUCCUCGAUGUUCAAUUUUGAGUUAAGAUGAUUGAAAGCUGCAGCAGCGGAGCCUCUACGUCAGGUGUAGAUAUUUUCCAAGGGGAAGGGGGGGGGCAUUCUCUAUUUGUUUUGCAACCUUUUCUUCAGCUGUGUGGGAGCAAACGCCAAGAGUGCGUCAACUGCGAGUUCUGCUCGUGUACGUCAGGCACUCUUUCCAAUGAGGACAUAAACCUUCAACAUUCAACACUCAGACUCUGGAUUUCAGUAUUACUGUGAUGAAGUAACACAAAACAGGCAACACGGAGCAGAACUUUUCCUCACUCGGCUGUUUCUGUUCAGAAACUGAAGACGGAAACCCACUUUUUUGGGAAGGAAUUGUUUUCUCUAUUUUGUGCCUCCCACUUCUUGCUCCAGCUGUUAUUUAAGUUGUCUGUAUAUGUGAAAGACUAAGCAGCAAACUGCAGCAUCAAUCUCCUUCAGGCCAUCUGACGAGCUGGAUUUUCCUCUGUUUCCAUAGCAUGAGAGAUUGCACAUUGUUCACUGAAAAAAGGGGCAAAGGAGAGUCCAAUUUGUGCAUUCACUUCAUGUCCUCGUCAGGCCACAAACAAGUUUGUUUUUCCUCCUGACGAUAAUAAGUACACACAUUAGCAGUGUUUUUACAUGUGAAAAGGUUACAGUCAGUAACAGUUUCUGUCACAAACUUUUCCCUCCCCUCGUACAGAAAAGCUGUUUGGACCCCAAUGCUGUGUCGUCUGAGGUCUUUGUGCACAGUAGUACCCGAUGUGUGUCUCUUAUUGCAUCAAAGCCUUGAUGAGUGGCUGUACUGACUUCAUGAAAAAAAUUGUGGUUAUUAUUGAUAUUCUUAAUGGGAUAAAAAAGGAUAAGAUGGAAGUCUAUAUCUGAUGAGAAAAAACAGUCGCUUGUCGACUCACAUUGGAUAAAGUGCCAAGAGGGUAGCAUUUAAAACAUGUACACCUGUUGUUAUGAAAACCACUACUUGGAAAUCCUUUAAAAAAAAUCACUUGAAGCAUUGUGUAUUCUUAAGUUUUAGCGCUAGUCGAAAAGCUUAAUGAUAGUUUCUGUUGUUUCUGUAAGUCUAUGUACACGUAAAUAUGCGACUGCGGUGGUUUAAUAUUACGCUCACCUUAGGUGGAGAAAAUGUUUACAGAGGCAAUGUUUUGUUACACUAAUGUGCAUCACGGUAUUUAUGUUCAAUGCAUAUGCGUCUUGGUUCUUCAAUUCUUUGUUUUUGCUUUUUGAGCCCGGUUUUUAUUGGAUAUUUAAAUUUUUUUGUCAUCUCCCCCUAACCCACUAAAUAACUAACUUACAAAACAAUAAAGAACACGUGCUGUUCAUUUCAGGUAUUCACAUAGCGCUGCUUCAACGUGGAAACAUUGCAGUAACGUUCCCUGCAGGCUUGGAUGUGAGGCGACGUGUUUUUCCUCUGCUGUUUCUGCCAUGCUACUCUAACUUAUGUCCUCUCUGUGUAUGACAGGAAGUCAUGUAUUUUCCUGAAGGUUUUUUUCUUUGAAUAAACUUUAAAGUAAUUUUAAAA